ACAUCCAGUGAACCUUUCAUGUCUACACAGCUGCCAACUGUAGCAGAAACUACAUCUACUGAACCCUUCACUUUGACACAACUUCCAACUGUAGCAAAAUCAACAUCUACUGAACCCUCUACAUCGACACAACUUCCACCUGAAGUAACAACCACAUCUACUGUACCCUAUACAUCGACACAACUUUUAACUGAAGCAAAAACCACAUCUAGCGAACCUUUCAUGUCCACACAGCUGCCAACUGAAGCAGGCACUACAUCUACUGAACCCUUCAUAUCGACACAGCUGCCAACUGUAGCAGAAACUACAUUUACUGAAUCCUUCACUUCGACACAACUUCCAACUGUAACAAAAUCAACAUCUACUGAACCCUUUACAUCGACACAACUUCCAACUGAAGCAAAAACCGCAUCUACAGAAGUCUUUACUUCGACACAACUUCCAACUGAAGCAAAAACCGCAUCUACAGAAGUCUUUACUUCGAAACCACUUUCAACUGAAGCAAAAACCACAUCUAGUGAACCUUUCAUGUCGACACAGCUACUAACUGAAGCAGAAACUACAUCUACUGAACCCUUAAAUUCGACACAACUUCCAACUACAGCAAAAACCACGUCUAGUGGACCCUUUACAUCGACACAACUUUCAACUGAAGUAAAAACCGCAUCUACCGAACCCUUUACAUCGACACAUCUUUUAACUGAAGCAAAAACCGCAUCUAGCGAACCCUUCAUGUCGACACAACUUCCAACAGUAGCAGAGACCACAUCUACAGAACUGUCUACAUCGACACAACUUCCGACUACAACAAAAUACACACCUACGGAACCCUAUGCACCGACACAACUUCCAACGGAAGCAAAAGCUACAUCUAUCAAACCCUUUACAUCGACACAACUUCCACCUGAAGUAACAACCACAUCUACUGUACCCUAUACAUCGACACAACUUUUAACUGAAGCAAAAACCACACCUAGCGAACCUUUCAUGUCGACACAGCUGCCAACUGAAGCAGAAACUACAUUUACUGAACCCUUCACAUCGACACAACUUUUAACUGAAGCAAAAACCACAUCUAGCGAACCCUUCAUGUCGACACAACUUCCAACAGUAGCAGAGACUACAUCUACAGAACUGUCUACAUCGACACAACUUCCGACUACAACAAAAUACACACCUACGGAACCCUAUACAGCGACACAACUUCCGACGGAGGCAAAAGCUACAUAUACCGAACCCUUUACAUCAACACAACUUCCAACUGAAGUAACAACCACAUCUACUGAACCUUCCAUAUCGACACAGCUGCCAACUGUAGCAGAAACUACAUCUACUGAACCCUUCACUUCGACACAACUUCCAACUGAAGCAGAAACUACAUCUACUGAACCCUUCACUUCGACACAACUUCCAACUGUAGCAAAAUCAACAUCUACCGAAUCCUCUACAUCGACACAACUUUCAACUGAAGCAAAAGCCACAUUCACCGAACCCUUUAUAUCUACCAAACUUCCAACAUCAACAUCUACAACAGAGUUCCUGACAACAGCAACAGAAGGGCUACUAACAUCUAUUGUAACAGAUGAAACAGUGACAAAAUCAGCCAGACUCACCACUUCUACUGAGGAGACAACAUUUCCAACUUCUGUUGUUGCCUCUACUAGUCAGGUACUAAUAACAAGUACUCUUCCUAACACAUCGCAGUAUGGCAGUACCAAACUAACAUCAACACAAGCAUCGUUACUACCAGUGUUAAGCACUUUGACACAACUUACAAAACAAGAAACAACAAUUGCAUCGACUUCCAAGACUGCUGGGCAGACAUCAAAAUAAGUACACCUGGCACAUCACAUCGAACAAUACCCUCUACCUCUCACACAUCGUUAAUUAUGUCAAGCACUAAUACGGCAUCUACAAGCGAAGAGACAACCACACAGCGAAUUCCAGCUACCACGCCUCUUCCAGUUACAACAUAUUUACCAUCAACAGCAGUUGAAAAACUUUCGAGCAUGUCUACUCCUAUUUCCGCACAGACAU